AUGUCUCUUCCUGAUGUUUGUGCCACUGUCAUCAGCGAAGCCGAAGAUAUGUCACUUAGAAGAACGUCAAGUCUUUUGUACGGAAUUGUGUUGGUCUUCAAGCAUAAGGUUAAUGAUAUCUAUAGGGAAUCAUCUUCAUUUAAGUCUAGAAUCAAUCAGAAUAUGUCUUUUACAAAAAGAUGCAGAAUAGUUGUUGCUCCGAACGCUCGGUGCUUAGUGGUCAGGAAUUUGAUCUCAGUUCUGACUGAUGAUCCGUGUUUUGAUGUUAAUAUUGAUUUCCUUCAAGAGGCCUCACAAAUUCUGCAGGAGCAAAUUGGGCCUGAAAGGAAUCCUUCUGAAAUUAAUGCUAUUAGUGGCUCUUCUAUUGAUGAGUCACUUGAGCACCCUCUUUCUGCUGUGGCAUCAUCACCAAUGGCUCCCGAAUGGAACCCAGACUUCACUUUUGAUAAUUCCGGAGAGGCUGUAAUACAACCCGGAAACAAACCUGGCUGUCCAAUUGAUUUCAUAGAUCCUGGAGCACUUUUUGGGGAACAACCAGAAGUAACUCCAAUUCCGAGAACUGCACUAAUGCCAGCUGCUGAACAGCCUUCCCCAAAAGUCCGGCCUAGAAAAAGAAUGCAUAAAAUUCAAAAUGACAUGGAAAUCAGCUUCAGCAUGCCUCUUAUCAAAAAGUUCCACUAUGACUGCCUUCAAAGAUAUUCAACACAAAAAAAGAAGCAGAACGUCUCAAGCAAUAUGAGUUUCCCUAAGCCAUUUGUUCAGUUACUUAAGAGCAUGAGUUCUGAAAGGACUUCAAAUACUAGACGAUCUUCAAGUGUUUCAUCUAUAGAACAAGGUAGAAGAAUGUCAAUGCCGUCAUCCGUCGAACAAGGACGAAGGGUUUCAGAAGACGAGCAGGAACUCCCUUUCAAUUUGAAUCAAUUGGAGGAACAGAAGCAGUUACCCCUUGAUUUUAAUUUUGAAGGUGAUGAUACUCUGAUGAACAUCAGUUUCGGCAAGGAUGGAUAUAACUGUUCUGAAUCAGAUGAUAUGACUAUGUCACAAACAACACUGGAUGCAAGAAUUAGGGAUUUCCUCAACUUGCAGGGGGGAAGGGAAGUUAGUUUUGAGGAGAUUUGUCCUUCCACAAGAUCCACAAGAAAGGAAACCACCUCAGUUUUUCAAAUAAUUCUUUAUCUGGCCACUAAUGAGUUAGUGCAUGUUGAAUUGGAAGAAACAGUUCUCGGUAAAAGCAAAUGGGAGCUACUUUCAGGAACAGAUAUAAGAAUGAAGGUGAUCGACCCAUGA